GGAACGGUCUGUAGUGGAACGCAGCUAAGCUUUCUCCAAAACACCAAAAGCCUACUCUUUAUUAAGUGCUAGUCAGCAGAAAAGGAUGGAGAGCCUGAAGUGUCAAGGACUGUGGUUACUGGUUUUAUUGAUACUAGCCACAUCUGAACAGGUAAAGGCUGACCAUCCAUCGACUCUCGACAAGCAGCCAACAUGCUUUGGCAUAUCCAGAGGUAAAAACUUCAUCCUUGGCUUCACUGAUCACGCGUUGGACAGUAGUUUCAAAUACCUUUCCAUAGUUGUAGUGGCGUUUAGUGAUCAGCAAACCAAUGUGACUAUUAGCAGCAAGCACCAUGUGGAGGGUCAGCCUCUAUAUGAAAGAUUUGAUCUUGAGGCUGGAGGGUACAGAACAACAAAUGUCUCUAUAGAGCUGCUUAUGGAUGGCACAGAAAGAAGCUUCAAAGGUAUUGAGGUAACAGCCACCAGUGAGGUUUCAGUGUAUGGUUUUUUUGCAUUCUCCGGUUUCACAACAGAUGGCUUUCUUGGCAUACCGGUAAGCAACCUUGGCUUGCAGUACAUCGUAGCAAGCUUAUAUUACACAUCAAGCUUUGCUGUAAUCGGUACAGAAGAUUCCACUUCAGUUCAAGUAACCCUACGUGGAACAGUAACAUUUGAAGGGCAGUCAUACAGUCCAGGUGAUCAGCUGAACUUCAUGGUUGACAGAUUAGAAGCCAUUCACCUAGAAGGAUCAGAAGACUUUACUGGAAGUGUGAUUCAAGCCAACAAACCCAUUGCAACAUUUACUAGCAGUGGAUGGUACACGGUGAUUGAACAAUCCGUACCAGUCAAGAGUUGGGGCCAGAAUCAUAUCUACACAGCAUUCCAAAGUACAGAUCAAAACUUCUAUCAGAUAAUUGCUUACUUCAGCGGCACCAGUGUUACCAUCCCAAAUAUUGGGAACCUGAAUUUGAACACAGGGGAGUUUUGGGAGGGUUGGCUUUCAGGAUCUGGUCUGGUGUCUUCAAGCCAGCCAACUCUAAUGAUGCAGAUGCUCGUGUCCAUUAAUAAUUCAGGUGUAUGGGAAUCCCUGAUACAAGUUCCUGCUAUAGAACAGUUUGGGUAUGUGUUUGGUUUUGCGACCCCACCCAAUGCUGGAGCAGAUUCUGGAGGAUACUUCAAUUUUAUCAACAUCGUUGUCAAGACAAAUGCACAGGAGACUGUGCAUCUCAAUGGCUCUCCAAUAAAUGGAUCUCAAGUACCCGUACAUGAAAACAAAGUUCCAAACACAACUUACACGGCACUCUCUGUCCAACUCCCUAAAGGAGAAGGGGUGUACUUUGUAGAGCAAACUGAUCCUCUUUCAUCACCAUUGUCUGUUAUUGUUUAUGGCUAUGAUUCCGUAUAUUAUUCUGAAUCAUAUGGCUAUGCUGCAGGUUUAUCCCUUCCAAGUAACCGGCAAAUCCUGCACUUUUCAACAUACUACUUAAGAGAACUUGGUGGUGAAACUUUUAGGAUAACUUUACCAUGCUUGCAAGAUGAAGUUCAAUCAUACAAAACCUCAAAAUGCAAAUUUUUAACAGGUAUUGGAAAUAUCUUGAUUUCUGGACACUCUGUUGAUUCCGACACCAUCGUCUGCAUUACACCAACCUUUUACAUGAAUGGAUUUACUUCAGUCUAUGUGUCUCUGGACGAAGGAGAGACAUUUCCUUACUCUGGUGUUGUCUAUAUUACAUCAGAAGAAUACUUGCCUCCACUUAUCACAGUCAAUCAAACGCAGACAUCAACUGGAAACGGAGUUAUUGACUUAACAAAAGAUGAUGAUCUUCUCUUAACAUGGAACCCUUACAGUGUAGGUGAGGGAAUAGAGACAGUGAAUAUCAUAAUGCAAGAUUCUGAUUACAACGGGGAUGGCCAUCCAGUCCUUCUAGAAGGAGUUUCCCUCAAGAACAAUGUCUUGAACAAUGGCAAGAUUCAGAUCUCUAUAGAGUUGAUAAAUGACAAAAGCUUAACUACGACAUGGCCAUCGCUUGUAGCUUUUUACCUGCAACCAAAUGGCCAACAAAGCAGCCCAAACAGAUUUUACUCCGGAGUGAAUCGUGUUACAAAGUUCAUGACUAAAUCCUGCUCAUUUUUCCUAAAAAGAUUAAAGAAUAUUCCUACAGGCUUACCACCAUGUCCAUGCACCUUUGCCCAGGCCAGUGUAGAUUCUCUUAACUUUGUCUUAUCAAAUGAGUUUAUUUCUUUCUACCAUCCUGGAGCAAAAGACUGCUUUAGGUCAACCACAUCAUCAUCUAUUGGAUCUGGCCAACAGUGCUGCUAUGCCAAGGAUGGUAACAUACUCAUAGGUCCCCCAGGGGGUGGCACUGCUGAUCGAUACAGUCCUGAGGAUCAUUUCUGGAAACAUCAAUGGUAUGAUGUGCUGCCAUGGUUUGGCUGUUGUAAAUCUACACAAAACUGCAAGACGUACUACAAGUACCGUCCAUCUGAUGACUGCUCUAAAUACGUCCCUCCUUGGCCAGCAGCAGGGACUGGAGAUCCUCACAUAACAAGUCUAGACGGCAAGAGGUUCACCUUCAAUGGGGCUGGAGAGUUCCUGAUGUCUUCCUCUAUACUUCAUGACCUCAUCUUCCAAUCCCGCAUGGAGGUAUACCACCAAACUAAUGCCAGUGUGUACACUGCUUUUGUUGUCCAGAUGAACGAUUCUUCUACUGUCCAGGUACAGGUAUCUAACUCCAGUGAGGUGCUGGUUCUUGUAGAUGGUGAGCAACUACUCAUGAGGUCAAGCCUUGUCAAAGUUUACCACUUCAGAGGCUUUCGAUUAAGUUUCACCUCCGACUUCUCUGAAAUCAGAAUUGCAUUCAAUGCUGGUAUUGCCAUCAUCGUGUACAUCAAACAUGACUUUAUGUCAUUUACGGCACAGCUGAAUGAAAAGUUCAAAGACCAAGUCCAAGGACUUCUGGGUAACCUGAAUGGAGAUCCAGAAGACGACUUUCGAUUCCCAGAUGGUACCAUCAUGAAUCCAGAGUCUUCCAUGAAAGAAAUCCACAAAUAUGGGCUACAUUGGCUUGUGAUAAAAGAGGAAUCCAUAUUCACUUAUCUUUCCCCAUAUGACUACAACACUUACUUUUUGCCUGAUUUUUUGCCAACUUUUGAUGUCCCAAACCCACAUGAUGCAAGUCCAGAGAUCAAAGAUUUGUGUGGGCAUUCUCUUGAAUGCAUAUUUGAUGCUGUGGCCACUGGAAGCCUGUCUUUUGCAAAUGAAACACUACUAGUGACUGGCAUCAUCGAUAAUAUUCAGAAAUCUUCAGUCAAACUGGUCAGUUGUGGUUUUCCUGGAAGUGUGGACAAUGCAAUCAUGACGGGGUCUGUAUAUCUUGUGAACUCAACUGUGGAGGUCAAAUGCUUUGAUGGAUUUACUCUGGAGAAUGGUUUACCCAGUUUAACCUGCCAGAGUACUGGACAAUGGUCAUCUACCCUUCCCUCGUGUACCAUGAUGAAAGAUGCAUUAGCCGAUGUAGGUCUGAGUCUAUUGGCAAUCAUCUUCAUAGUCCUUGGGGCAAUCAGUCUCUGUCUCAUCAUAAUUAUCAUAACCAUCUUCAUCGUCAAACAGAAACAAAAAAACAAGAUUGAUGUUGGAUCAUUAGACAUGCUAAGAGUAGGGGACAGUAAAUAAAAUACAUAGGGUGGCCAUGGUAAAGAAUAUAUUUCCUUCUUUGCAUUUGGACGUUUGCCCCAAACUAACUUUAGGGCUCUGAUUUCAACAUCGACCACAGUUAGUUCAGAUGGGACAUUGCUCUUGUGGAAAAUUACUAAAUAUGCUUGGGAAAAUACUAUAAUAUUUGCAGUGUUGCUAGGCAUUUUCCCAUUUAAAAAAUGUUUUAAUAUGGCCAUGUACAUGUACAUGUCGUGCUCCAAACUCCAAAUUAUGCAAAGUUUCCAUGAAACUUACCACAAAUGUUCAUUUUACCAAGAUCUAUCUGAUGACAUGAACACAUUUAAAAAAAUUGUCAUUAAAGGAAUUUUUAUAUAUGUUUGAAAGCCCAUUUUGGGUCCAAAAACUUAGCAUAGCAUUUGUUGUCCAAAUGCUAUAAACUUUGCAAAUGAUUUAUUUUGAUAUAAUGAACAACAUGAUAGUUUUAUCAUAAGCUAGGGUCACUCUUGGAGGUGCUAUAAUCUUUGGUUUAUUAGCAUUUCUUCUCUAGAAAUCAGCACUUUUAAAGUAUCCAUUUAUAAUGAUAGUUUAAACCCCUAAAUACACGAUGAAAACACAAAAUCCAACAUGGCGGCCAAAUAUGGUGGCCAUUUUGAGUUCCCAUUGCGUUAAAUUUGUGAUAACUGCUGUUCCAAAAACGAAAACCAUUUUAAAGUGCUCUCUCUAUCAUCUCUUACAUGUACAACUUAACAGUAAAGGUUUCAUGAAAAAUCGUUCAAUUGUUAAGCAUGCUUUGUAUAAAAAGCGUAAAAACCUUUGCAGAUAUUUUCAUUGAUUUAUAGUACAUGUAAGUGUAUAAUUGUUGUUUGUGAAUGUGUCCAGAUGGUUACAAAACAUCUCCCCUUAAAAUGGGAGCAAGCAUCAACAUACAUAAUUGAACAUCAUUGCUUGUCCUCCUUGUUUCAUCUCUGAAAAUAGUGUUUAAGGAUACAUCUUUUGUAUUAUUUGGUUUUACCCUUGUGUGUCAUGGCCGAGCGGUUU